AUGAGGACACUGUCUCUUUUUGCCUUUUUCCUUCAUGUUCUUCACUUCUCCUUUCAGCAAUUUCCGCGACCCUGCACCACACCUGAAGCUCUACGCCUAAAAGAAUGUUGUCCGGUUUGGUCUGGAGAUGGUUCUGUGUGUGGGGCCCAGUCUGGGAGGGGGUUUUGUCAAGAUGUAGUGGUUUCAAAUCUCCCAGACGGACCCCAGUACCCUCACUCUGAGAUGGACGACAGGGAGAGGUGGCCCCUGGUUUUCUACAACCGUACAUGUCGCUGCGCUGGGAACUACAUGGGCUUUGACUGUGGGGAGUGUACGUUCGGUUACUUCGGGGCCAACUGUGCAGAGAGGAGGGAGUCGGUGCGACGGAACGUCUUCCAGCUCUCGGUGACAGACCGGCAGCGUUUCAUCUCCUACCUGAAUCUGGCCAAAAACACCAUCAGUCCCGACUACGUCAUUGCCACGGGGACGUUCGCUCAAAUGAACAACGGCUCAAACCCCAUGUUCGCGGACGUGAGCGUGUACGACCUGUUUGUUUGGAUGCACUAUUACGUGUCGCGGGACGUGCUGCUCGGCGGGCCAAACAACGUCUUUGCAGACAUCGAUUUUGCUCACGAAGCGGCGGCGUUCCUGCCCUGGCACCGUGUCUACCUGCUCUUAUGGGAGCACGAGAUCCGAAAGCUGACGGGCGAUUUUGACUUCACCAUCCCGUACUGGGACUGGAGAGAUGCUGAGGACUGCCAGGUGUGCACGGACGAGCUGAUGGGGGGGCGCAGCCCCCUGAACCCCAAUCUGAUCAGCCCCGCCUCUGUCUUCUCAUCGUGGAAGGUGAUCUGCACACAGCCAGAGGACUACAACAGACGUGAGGUGCUGUGUAACGGCACAGCAGAAGGACCGCUCCUUCGUAACCCUGGUAACCAUGACCGCAACCGCGUUGGUCGCCUGCCCACGACGGCGGAUGUGGAGUUUGUGCUGGGACUAAGUGACUAUGAGACAGACCAGUUGGACCGCAGAGCGAACAUGAGCUUCAGAAAUGCACUGGAGGGUUUUGCGGAUCCUCAGACAGGUCUGGCGGUGACAGGACAGAGCACAAUGCACAACGCUCUGCAUGUGUUUAUGAACGGUUCCAUGUCCUCCGUCCAGGGCUCAGCCAACGACCCCAUCUUCCUGCUCCACCACGCCUUCAUCGACAGCAUAUUUGAGCGGUGGUUGAGGAGGCACCAACCAGCCCGUACUAUCUACCCGGCAGCUAAUGCUCCCAUUGGACAUAAUGACGCAUACUACAUGGUUCCAUUCCUCCCACUGUUCAGAAAUGGAGACUACUUCCUCUCCACCAAGGCCCUGGGAUAUGAGUAUUCAUACCUAAUGGACCCCAAUCAGAGAUUUGUUCAGGAGUUCUUAACUCCAUAUUUGGAGCAGGCUCAGCAGAUAUGGAGGUGGCUGCUGGGGGCGGGACUUCUUGGUGCCAUCAUAGCAGGAAUCAUCGCAGCAGCUGUUGCCAUGGCAUGUCGACGCCGGCAACAGAGGAAGAAGACCAGUGCAUCAGCUUAUGGAGAGAGACAACCCCUACUACACAGCAGUGAGGAGGAUGGAUCAGCAUCUUACCAGACUACACUGUAG